GGGAUCAGAAAUGCCAUCGUCUGCAGUCCCCAAAUUCAGAGCUGUCCCGGAGACAAAGGUAGAUAAUGUGAGGCCAUGUAAGUCUCCUGUCUGUGGAGAGGAUUUCUCCAGAAAGUCAGCAAUGGAAAAGCACCUGCAGGACGUUCACACAGGAGAGAAGCCUCAUCUCGAACAAGACUUGCACACACGCACAGGAAAGACAUCCUCCCACCACAAACAUUAUGACAAACCUGUUAGGAAGGCCAAUGAUCUCUCCUCACACAAGAGCACCGACACAGGGCUGAAGAUCCACCACUGUGGACAGUGUGGUAAGAGUUUCAGAUGGGCAGGAAAACUCACACGGCACCAGCGCAUCCACACAGGAGAAAGACCGUUUCACUGUGGAGAAUGUGGGAAGACUUUUACUCAUGCAAGAAAUCUCAAGAAUCACAAGCUCAUCCACACAGGAGAGAGACCACACCUGUGUCCAGAGUGCGGCAGGUGUUUUGCUUGGUUGGGGAAUCUCAGGGCACACCAGCUCAUCCACACAGGAGAGAAACGCCACCACUGUGGACAGUGCGUUAAGAGUUUCACACAUUCUGGAGCCCUGAGGAGACACCAGCUCAUCCACACAGGAGAGAAACGCCACCACUGUGGACUGUGUGGAAAGACUUUCACACAAGCAGAACAACUCACGAGCCAUCAGCUCAUCCACACAGGGGAGAAACCAUACUUCUGUGGACAGUGUGGCAAGAGUUUCAGGAAAGCAGGAAACCUCAUGAGACACAAAAGUAUCCACACAGGAGAGAGGCCGUACCAAUGUACACAGUGCUCCAAAUCUUUUAGACGAUUGGAACAUCUCAAAGAACACCAGCACCUUCACACAGGGGAGAAACCGUACCUCUGUGGACAGUGUGGGAAGAGUUUCAGGCACACACGAACUCUCUGGUAUCACAAGCUCAUCCACACGGGAGAGAAAUGCCACUAGUGUACAGCAUGUAGAUCUUUUUCUCAUUUGGGGCAACUAAGAAGACACCUAUGCACUCACACAGGACACAAGCCCACCCAACCGCUGUAAAAAGUGUGUCAAAUGCUGUGUAAAUGUACGACAUCUCACCACACAUUCACACAUGCGGGUUAACACUUCGGAAGACGCUGGGCAAACUUUUUUCACGUUCAUCUAGUUUACGAGGCUAGUUCUGAAGUUCUGUUCUUAUAAAUAAUUUGUAAAUGCAUGUGUGUAAAGUUAUUGCCUUGUAGAAACGUGCAAAAGCUUGUUAAGGGAUAUCUACAACUUUAUUACCCAAAUCAUACAUUUCUGUCCUGUUUAAGAUUUUUGAAAUGUACGUAUACUUCGGACUUAAAAGAAAACACUAAAAACAUUGUCCUAUUCAUUCUCAA